CAGACGAAGCGUUCGUGGAUUCUAAAUUGUAUGUGUGCUGUUUUGUUGUUAAUAUUUUGAAAAUUAGUGUGUAUUUAAGUUACGGAUUAGGUUUUACAAUGGCUCUUAACAAUCCUAAACCGGCCAGUAACAGGAAAUCGAAAAGUCCAAAGGCGGAGAGUGUGUUUCCGGACGAUAAAACCAUCGCCAAUCGUUAUAUUACGUGGAAAAACUUGUUAGAUAAAUAUAACAAACAAUUCGAGAACGAUGAGGACGGUCUGACGCUCGACGAUGCGGUUGACUUGUAUGGGGAAGCGGAUAAAGAAACUGAUGACCAGCAGCAAACUGUCGAAGAAGCGAUCGAAAGCAGCGAUGAUGAUGAUGAUGCGUCGGACAAGGAGAAUGAACAGUCGGGCAGUUACGCCGCGUUAAAGGACCAGUUGCAGGUCGCCCUGAAGCAACGGACCGCCGAGUGGAAGUGCAACGGGAUGGAGCAGAUUUUUAAUAGCAAUUUUUCCCUCAGCGUUGACCACGUACAGCGGUGGCUGCAGCAAGGGUGUCAGCCCGGCACGGGCAAGCAGAUAACGCAGGAGCGGGAAACACGCUUCACGGAGUACGAUGGAAGCGCCCAGAUGGACGUGACCCACAAGGAGAACGUCUCGAUACUGAACGAGACGGCAAAGCAACAGUAUGAAACGGAAAACCGUUCCAGCUGCGUGUACUCGGACAGCAAUCGCAGCAAGCGGGUCAUUGUGCACCAGGUAGAGAAGACGAUCAUUUCCUCCUACCUGACGAUCGAACCGGAAGGUGGCAAUGGGCCACCGGGCACAGUGUCUAGGUUGGAUUUGAACAGUCUGGUCGAAAGCAUACCGAACAUUAUGCCAUUCAAAAUGCCCGCGCAACUGUCGAAACCAUCGGCAAGGGACAGGAUAAUGAUGCUUGCAAAAAAAGGCAGCAGUAGUAAGGGUGUCAACAUCGACGCGCUUAAAAAGACAAAUCUGGGCAGCGUGCUGAAAAGUGCGUUGAAAUCGGUGCCCAAAACGCGCGUCACCGAUGAUGUGAAGAAUAGGAGCAAAAGUGGCAAUCAGCAGCAGAAACAGCAGCACCGAGUUCAAUUUAAGCCAACGAAAAAGGUAAAGUGUGGUCGAACUAUCCUUGACUCCUCGGAGUCAUCCGGCAGCGAAUCGUCUGCAUCAACGACGGAGAGCAAAACCCGUACGUCUACGCCUUAUGCCCGGAAACACACCGUAUCGGAUCACGUGAAAAAUACAUUAAAACAGAUGGAAAAUAGCAAAACAAAAGCGAAAGCUGCUGAUAAACAACUGCCCGCUACAAAAGUUACAGCAAAUUUCACCAAACGAAACGUUUCAUCCGCGUCAUCUUUGUCCUCCACGUCCUCCACGCUUGAUAGUGAUGAUUCUGAGCUAGCUAAACCACUAAUUCCACCUGCAAAACAGACCGGCAACCACCACCAAACACCUGUUACAAACGCGAAGAAAGCUCCCGCACCCAAACCAUCCACCGAAAAUGGUCAAAACCCCACACCUCCUCCAAGCGAGACCGUCCAGUACCCGUUGCCCGACUACUACCACCAGAUGUUGACCAGAAAUGGGCGCUGUCAGUACAAAACGCAGGGUAUUGUAAUUUAUCGCCCCAAGCAAACGCACCCCGACCGACCAUCGGGGCAGCCGAGCAGCAAGAUAUGCAUCAGCACGCAGGAUCUCGAUCUGAGCGGUAUCAAGUCGAGUGUGAGGCGGAAAAAGUUUGACGACUUUACGCGCCUAGCCCACCCGAAUGCGACGCUCGUGUACUACGAGUCGGAGGAUGAAGCGAUGCCGGUUGGCGAUUCGGACGACUCGGAUCGUUCCGACGACGAUGAAGAUGAUCCGAUACUGAACUUUAAGCCGGAGCUGUGCAUUUUGGCAUUUUUAAACGAUGACGUACAGACGAGUUAAGCUACGAAAAGUGAGAGAAAGUAGAUUUACAUAUAGAUAGUGCUGUUAAUUUUGUAAAAAAGUAUGCAAUUUUAGUUAAAUUCUGCUGUCCUUUCGAAGACUAUGCGUUACGAUCAGGGCAUAUCUUGUUAAACAGGCGUCUUAACAGCAUGUCCCUCAUCUGUAUGGGACACAGAAAAGGCUAUCCUGCACAGGGUAAUACAACUUAGUCACUAGAAGCUAAUGCAUCGAGCAAUAACAGUAAGCAAAAACAAAAACCUCUGAAAGUAGAAAUAUAGGACUGCAUGUAAUUAUCAACGAUUGCACACCAUCCUGGGCAGUGUAGUAUAAACCAUUAUCAUCAUCCGGCGUCAAAAGUAUGGCGCUGCUGGUGCUACAGAAAGAACAUAGAAUAUGCUCCAUAGAAGUGCAACAAGCCAAUCUUCAAAUGCACCUAAAACCUUUUCAAGUAAGAAACUGAAAGCAGAAGUUAAAAGGUAACUUAAUUUUGCUUGAUUUAUAACGAGACCCUGUUCCUCAUUUGUGAAUUACGCUUCUUUCUGUGCAACACGACGCUACACAAUUAUCAGCACCUGGAGAGCGUUUUUUUUUCUUCUUCCUACAAUAGUUUGGAAUGUUUUACCCCACAUUUUGCCACUUAAAUCAUUUUAAAAGCACUAGAUUAAGACAUUCUACCACACAAUCACUGGCGGCGUGUUGUCGGUGCGUUCGUUUGCGCUCAAACAGCCCGUUGUUGGUGCGUGCAUGUUUGCGCAAGAGAGUGGUGGUUAAAUCGGUGGAACAACAUGGAAUGAUUUCGAUCCACCCCCAGGACAGGGAAAGGGGAAAUGAGGUUUUUGGGUGUUGGCAAACCACCACCAUCCCCUGGAUUAUGGUAUCGAAUCCACAGUUCAAACAUGUAAAGCGCGCCUGGAUGGAAUUUGAUUUAGAGCAUGUGUAGUACAGGAGCAGCAGCAGCAGCAGCAGCAAAGCAUGUAAUGUUUGCAAUCUGUGCUGUUGGCCGAUUGGCCCGCCCGCCGGGGGUGGAGAAUUGCUUGCCCAUGUUCAUAUCGC